AUCGAAACUCUUCAAUGAGUCCACCUUCAGAGAAAUAGUUUGUUUCCCCCCCCCCCCCCUAUCCUCUCUUAUUUUAAUCCUUUGCAGUAUUGGCAAAAAUGAACGGGUCGUUGAACUCCCGCCCAGGACUUGUAGAUAUAAACCUGAACCGAGGACCCGCAGGUCUGGGGUUUAAUAUAAUUGGGGGCAUCGACCAGCAAUCUAUCGUGAAUGAUAAUGGCGUCUAUGUUAGUAGAAUCAAAGAAGGUGGAUCAGCAGCACUAGAUGGACGACUGGAAGAGGGAGACAAGAUUCUUGCGAUAAACGGAGCCUCACUGGAGAACCGGUACCACCACGAAGUGGUGGAGCUGUUCCGGUCAGCCGGGGAGAACGUCCAGCUCCGCGUUAUGAAAAGGUCUCACCUAAGUAACGGACCAGCCGCCUCCAAACCUAAUCGCCAACCUUCCACGUCUACUCUGGGAAUGCUGGCGUUAUUUGCUGGAGCCGUGUCGAUCAUUGUUGUAGUAGCUCUUUAUAAACGGCUUAAAUAGCUUUUUUUAAUAGAUAUGUAUUAUGUAUCUAAGCUGACGAUGUCUGUAUGUUUGUUUUAGAAUCAAAAACGUUGCUAAAUGCCAAAAAGAAAUUCAAGAAGCAGACGGUGUGAACGGUGGACCUUUUCCCGAUUGGCAGGUAAUGGCGUCCCGAUUUAGUUCAUUUCCAUAUUCGUGCGUAUUCUGUGAUUUAAUGGUAGCUUCUUGAGGACCCAUUCUUAUCGUCGGAGUUGUGUCAUGCAAAGAAAUUUGUGCCCUAUUGAGGUGAAGGGUUCCCUCUCUGAGCGGGUGAGAGCAAACGGAAAGUAUGGACAGACGUCGGAAUAAUCGAGUCGUUGGUGAAACGUAAACGCCGUGUCGCGUUAGCCGCGCAGAGCUCUCCCUGUGCGCCGAGAGAGCCCGCCGCGUUCCUCAGUGCUGAGACCAACUCCUACAAGAUAAUCGUAAGAUACAAGCCAGGGUUUGUAUUCAGACCCACCUGAAAAAAAAAUAAAAAAUCUGAGAUUACUCGAGGGACUACUUUCAGCUGCAGAUGAAGACAAAUUGCUUUUUAGUGUGUGUCCCCCCCUCUCCUUUUGUCGUUUAAAGUUUUAACGGUUGUAAAUAACAGUGUGGCUCUGUAACUUAAAGUAUCCCAGUUAUUCUUCAUCAGACCAGUGUCUCAUGCAUUUAGGCCAGUUUAUGUCAGGCCGAUUCAGGAAACGUGUAUUAACAAACAGUUGGUUUCCCUACGUCUCAGUGCCGGACAUCCAUUUGCAUGAAUUACUGCGUCGGCGCAAUGGAGGCCAUCAGCCACUGCCGCCGCCGAGGCGUUCAGGAAGCCUCGGUCACUGUCACAGCGGCUUUCUGUCUAUUUUCCUCUUUGACAGUGCUUCGUGGAUUCUCCGAGGGGUUUAGGUGAGCCAAGUUUCCCGACCAAACAAUCACAUUUUGGUCGUCAGAGCAGGUAUUUGUGCUUUUCUCAGUCGCUCGUGUGACAUUUUCCGCCACAUGUUUUCCUUCCAUUUAACGUCUCAUUAGUUCUCUUGGAUUCUGUGCUCUGUGUGCGUUACUAUUCGAAAACCCGUACAGGUGAUUGGGUUUCCAUCAGCUGUAAGCCAUGAUUGUCGAAAUUAGCAUCAAUUGUUCAAAUAUAUCACUUUGUGUAAAAGAUUUUGAGUUUCACUUUCUGAAUUUAUGUAUGGAAUUAAGGUUUUUAGUAAUCUAAUCUACGGAGAUGCACUUUCUUCCCUCACGUCAUUGGGAGAUGCUCUCGUCACUCAUUUAACCCAGCUUUUGCCGAUAUAAUUCAAUAAUAAAAAAUAUAUAUAUAUCUUGAUUUAUUUCUGAAGUGCAGAUGUUCUGAUUGUACAAGGGAUCCAUUUUUUUGUUUGUUUUGUUUUGUUUCAUUGUGAGGAAUUUGUUCUCAUUCCUGCCUCAGACUAACAACAGUGUUGCAAUUAACUCACUACUUUCACGUUUUGCACUAAAGCAACAAUCAUGGAGAUUUUCUGAUAGCGGUUACGAAACAAGUUUGAACAGAAAUUAAUGUUUUUGUUGUUUUCUUCUUCUGGUCACAACAAUCACAUCGCCAUCUCUAUAUGUGGCUAAUUGUAUGUAAAUACAUUUCUCGUAUGAGACAUUGUGAAUAUGUGCAGUAUGACAGACAAGAAAACCACAAGCACUAAGUUAUGCAAAUAUUCUGUUUGACAUGCAGACAUGUAAUAAAAUUUGUUUAAUUCA